AUGCACUUUGACUUGUUUAUCUUGUUUGUUGCAGUCAAGCCCGAACACAAAGCAAACAGUUUGUCAAGUAACCAAACUGUUGUGGAAGGUAGGAAUGCAGAAUUUUAUUGCCGCACAGACGCAUUCCCUGGUGUCUUGGAGUACAGAUGGUUUAAGGAUGGCAUCCAGAUUUCCAGUUCUGGAGAUUAUACCAUCACACCAAUUUCUGAUGGACAGAGACUGACAAUCGUGCAAGUUAAAAAGAGUAGUGCUGGGCGAUACUCUUGUGAUGGACGAAAUGAGUUAGGAACUGGAGAGAGAAAAUCUGCUUCCCUCUUAUUGUUUUUUGGCUUGUUCGUUACAGUUGCUCCAGUAUUUUCCAGUCAACUACCAGCUAAACAAACAAAGACGGAAAAUGAAACUGUGAGUUACUCGUGCAUAACUGAAGCCAAACCAGCAGCAACUAUUUUGUGGCAAUUGGAUGGAGAGAAUCUCACCGAAACAUCUCAUUACAACUUCUCAGUUUCUGUCGCACCAAUUUCACAGUCUAAACUCUUGAAGACCCUGUCAUACCUUACCAUCAAUAGAGUAACCUGGAGGGAAGAUGGAAAUUUUUCAUGCCUUGCUUAUAAUGAUGCUGGAGAAAAGAGUCUAUCUACAGAGCUUGAAGUCCGCUAUCGACCAGUUGCUCAGUCCUCUGCUGAUCAACCUAAAAACCUCACCCUGGACGAAGGGAAGACUGCAAGGUUCACUUGUAAAACAAUUGGAAAUCCACCCACUCAAACACAUAAGUGGCAGUUUAAUGGAAGGGACAUUCCAGGGGAGAGUUGUAGUGGAUGCUUAACCACAACCUUUGUAAAGACAUCAGUGACUCUAUCGGAUGCAGGAUGGUAUUCCUGUACUGGAACUAACAGUUUAGGAGAAGGACCUCCUGCUAGAGCGCAGUUAUUGAUAAAGUAUCCACCAGAAAUUACAUUCUAUGAAAGCAGUUACACAGUUAAUGAAACAAGUAAUGCGACAUUAGUAUGUCGUGCAAAGGGUGUGCCACAACCUAGAAUCAUCUGGACCAGGUCAGGCAGCAGUAAGGAGCUUGCAUAUGGAGAACAGUUUCUAAUAGUUAAUACCAAAGGCAGCGAUGAUGGUACAUACCGUUGCAUCGCAAGAAAUGACAUUGGGCAACAGGAUUCUGUAGACGUCAUUCUAAAUGUACAAACUCGGCCUACUAUUGUGACUGAUACACCGACAACCACACAAAUACCAGGGGCUGCAGGAGAGCAAGUUGAUUUGACUUGCAUUGUCAAUGGCAAGCCGUCACCUUCUCUGUCGUGGAAAAGAGACCUUAAUGCAAUUAAUGAUCUAAGCUCAUUAACUGAUGAUAAGGUUAAGAGCAUCACUGCAGAGAGGGAUACCAGUAUUAUGAAAGUCACUGUUACUGAUAUUGAUGAGAAGUUCUACUGUAUUGCUGUAAACCUCCUAGGAAGUGACAACCAGCAAUAUACCAUACGUGAAAGAGGGGUUCCAGAUGCACCCAUCGAUGUGCAACUGGCAGCGUUUGAAGUUGCGAACGCUAAAACCGUGAGUGUCAAUGUCAGCUGGACUCCUGGUUACAGUGGUGGAUAUAAUCAAGGGUUUACAAUACAUUAUCGUGUGAUGGGAAGUGGCGCCAAUUUUGUGGAACAGUCUGUGGGGCACCCUGACAAUAACAUGCACACCAUUCAAGGACUGCUGCCUGAAACAGAUUAUGAAUUCACUGUCCAGUCUUCUAAUCAAGCUGGCNAGCGUUGUAUUACUGUUUCAGUGCAAGGUGGUGCUAUUCCAAGAGAGAGGGGCGGCGGUGAACCCAUUCAAGACUGGAUGAUUGCUGUUAUUGCUGGAGUUGCCGGUAUACUCCUCCUUGCAAUUGUUGUUCUGGCGCUUUGUUGCUUUAAGCGUCGUAAGAAGGCUCGAGGAGCUGACAAUGUCAACAUGUCUCAGACGUCUACCUAUGCUGCGGGUGGACCAGAUGUGCCUCGUGCCGUGGAGUCGAGACGUAGUUAUGGUAUGGAAUCAGUUGAAGACGAUCCGUUCAUUGUAGCAGCAUCCAUGCAGUCCGUGACCUCAAAUGAUGCGAAAAAGAAGAAACAGCAGGAUCCUAGUGUAAACUACGGAUACCUCUCACAAGAUUCUGUUCGACAACCUGAAAUGCUGUUCAACCCAGGCUCCCGUUUGGCGAGAAACGGCCGUCUGGCACAGAGCACUGGAGAGCUGGAUAUGAACUCAGCAUACCCCGCUAGGGGGCCACAGAGAGAUUUCAACACCCUCCCCCCGUACCACGAACCACCUUCUUUUGAGGAAGCUAUGCGUCAGUCUGCAAGAAAACCAAAAACCAGGAAAUCAACUGGAGACCUCACGGGACCAGGGCAGGGAAGACAUUCAGGCCGCAGACCCAGGCAGGCUCGUCCAGCUGAUGAGCCCACAGAUUCUAGCGAUGGCGAGCAGCGGUUUACUCCCCAAAGAACAGCACCCCCUCCCCCAAGAGUCAGACAUGUACAAUCCACCGAGGAGCCGCGUUAUACACCAGUGGACCGGCAGGCACCUGCUAUGGGGCCGAGGGUGUUACCUGCAGGACCACCAACAAACAACGGGCCUAGAGGAGGGCCCCUUGACCCAAGUGUGCGUUAUGCUUUACCACAGAAGAAAAAUAAGCCUAAGAAACCACGUCAUGAGCCAACGAUUGACAGACUUCAUCUGCCUCCACAGACGUAUGGACCUCCCUUCUGGAGAGAUUCCUAUAAAGGAUGGCCUCCCCCACAGUACACCCCAGAGGACUUGUCUCCCGAAGAUCCCAUACUCCAACAUCCGGGAGAGUUAGAUUUGGAUGAUCCUUCCAGUUUACCGCUUACUGAGAGACCCCCAGACCUACCACCACCCAUGGCUAUGUUGUCUAGCAACCGACCGAUGUCCAGUAAUUAUCACGAUGAUCCACAAGAUGGACUUCCAGAACCUCCCUCAUUUAUACGUGACAUAGUCUACCCAACAGGCAAUGACAGAGAUCCACGAUAUGAUUCAGAAGACGCUAUGCCUAAUCAUCCACCCUCACCAGGCCGGCAACGACAGCCUUAUAUCAAUGUUCAUGGUCAACUCGUGAGGCCCGACUCGCGAGACUCGGACGGUUUCCGGAGACCCGAAUCGUUACGAUCGUCAAGAGACGCGCUCACACCAGAACCGGAAAUACCUCCAAACCAAUGGCGUUCGCGAGGGUCUGAGUCCGACGAUAAUAGAGGAGCACCGGAAAUGAAUUACGUCAGUUAUCUGGUCUAAUGCAAGAAGAAGAUGCUAUUUUAGGCACGAGUCCCUCUCGGCUACUCUCAAAAAGGGAGAAAGAAAAGAAGUCACAGCGUUAUUCUUUUUGUACAUGCAAGAAGAGACUUUUACUAGGAAACAUUUACUAGAUUUUUAAAAAAAUACAAAUUAGCUACGCUAAAACAGAGAAUAUCUGCCCUAAAGUAAGUACAAUCAGAUCAAUUUGUCUUCAGGCGGGAGUUCCUUCUUAAAAGUCGAAAUAGUCUGAAAGAAGAACUCAAAGAUAGAGCAUUUAUAGUUGAUCCAUCGUGCUAUUUUAUUAUUUAUUUUCUUUUUAUGGUGCUCGCUCUCAUUUAGCACUCUAAAAUUCGGUGUCGAACGGAGAAACAAUUCAACUGGUACACCUCAUUCAACGAGUGCCAGACUGAAAAAUAAGUUACUUUUUGUGAAAAACCUAGCAUGCGAGAAAUGAAUGAGUAUUUCACUUGAAUGGUCAGACGAUAGAAUAUUGAAGUUAGAAUCACAUAAUAUAAUGCAAUGUGUGGUUUCCGCCGUGCGCAGCGUCUUGUAUAUGAUUAUCCAGUUGUCAAGAAUUAGGGUAUUGUUUAUAGAGGAUUUAUGGUUUGGUUUUGUUAUAGAGCUACGAUAAAAAUGUAAAUAAAUUUUCGAGCUACCGAAAACGCAGGAUGUCGUUUCUACAUUACGGGAAUAAGUACACCUCAUGAAAAUAUCUCUUUGGUAUUUUGUCUUAAACAGCGUUUAUUCACAAUGGCACGUGCAAAAUUUGUGGAUUGUACAAAGCGCAUUUUAUAUAUUGAAUGUAGGUAGCAAUUAAAUAUUUUUGUCCAUCCACAUGAACAAUUUUAUACUCGAUAUCGCUUUUAUUGCCUCACAGUCCCAGUCCGUCGCUCUCCAUAAAAAGACAGAGAGAUCUGGUAACUGGGUUACUCUCGACAUAACCGUUUUUAGGUUCCUUGUAAAAUUUAAAAAGUCGUUCAUUUAACAGCCGCUCCAAAUAUUUUGUAAAACAUGCUUGAAGAAUUAAAGUUAGGUUUGGUCUCAUUUAA